GCGCACCAACUCUGACAACCUCUUUUGUUAAUUUGUUUUCCUUCUCUCUCCAGCACUGCAAGUCUGCAAUGUCAUCAUCCUCAUGCUAACCUCACCUUUAUUUUUAUUCUUCUUCCCUUUCUUUGCAGCUCAGCGCUAAGCUAACCCAAAUCUCAAUUUUCAACCUCACUUGCUUUCAUCUUCUAAGAUUUUCCCGUCAGCAACUUUUCAGUUUACGCACCGAAAUCUAUUUCUUGUUUCUUUUUUUCGGUGACUGAAAUUUUUGGUCAUUGAUCCAAUUUCUUCCAUAUCCUUCUAUGUCCACUCAAACAGAUUCCUCCUCCUCUUCUUCUUCUUCUUCUUCUUCUUCUUCUUCUUCUUUGAAAUACGAUGUGUUCCUUAGUUUUUGCAGAGUUGACACCUGCAAGAAUUUUACAGACCAUCUAUAUAUUGCUUUGAGACAAAAGGGUAUUAUCACCUUCAGGGAUGAUGAUGAGAUACUUGAGCAAGGAAAGUAUAUUUCUUCGCAGCUCUUGAAGGCAAUAGAAGAGUCCAAGUAUGCAAUCAUCGUUCUCUCAACAAACUAUGCUUCUUCAAGGUGGUGCUUGGUUCAACUAGCUAAGAUUGUUGAAUGCAUAGAAGAGACCAAGUUGACAGUUUUGCCCAUCUUUUACCAUGUUGAUCCCUCCGAUGUACGGAACCAGACGGGUACUCUUGCUGAAGCCUUUGAGAAGCAUGAAAAAGAUCCCAAGAUUAACAAAGAGGAUGUGCAAGCAUGGAAAGCUGCUUUGAAAGAAGUGGGCAAUAUCUCUGGAUGGGAUUUACAUGAUAGGCAUGAAUCAAUAAUUAUCCAAGAGAUCCUUGAAAGGAUAUCUAGUGAAUUGAAUCUUAUAUUUCAAAGUACAAUUUCCAUGGAACUUGUUGGAAUAGAAUCCCGUGUGAUGGAAAUGUUGGAUUUAUAUUUAGUUGAAGGGUCGGGUGGUGUUCGCUUUGUUGGGAUUUGUGGGAUGGGUGGUAUGGGUAAAACAACUCUUGCACUAGAAAUUUAUGAAAGAAUUUCAGGUAGCUUUGAAGCUAGCAGCUUUAUAGCUGAUGUAAGAGAAAAAACUAAAAAUCAUCAUCUAGUUUCUUUACAAGAACAACUUCUUUCUAACAUCCUUAAAGGAAGUAGAAAAAAUAUAUCAAAUGUUUUUGAGGGGAUCAAUAUUAUAGGGAAUAGACUACGUAAUAAAAAAGUUCUUAUUGUUCUUGAUGAUGUGGAUGGAGAAGAACAACUAGAAGCAUUAGUUGGAAACCAUGAUUGGUUUGGUUCAGGGAGUAGAAUAAUUGUAACAAGUAGAGAUAGCCACUUGUUGAGAAGAUGUGGUAUGGAUGUUAUAUAUACAGUCAAGGGAUUGAAUAACAAUGAUGCUUUGUGGCUUUUUAGUUGGAGAGCUUUCAAGAAACCCUAUCCUAAAGAAAAUUAUGUGGAUUUGUCUAAGGACUUGGUGAAUUAUGCCAAUGGCCUUCCUUUGGCUCUUAAAGUUUUAGGUUCUUUGUUGUUUGAAAAAAGAAUAGAUGAAUGGAAAAGUGCCUUAUAUAAACUAAAACAAGAACCUGAUAGAAACAUUGUAAAUAUACUUCAAAUAAGUUUUGAUGGUCUGAUGGAUACCCAAAAAGAUUUGUUUUUGGAUAUUGCAUGUUUUUUCAAAGGAGCGAACAAAGAUUGCGUAAGAGAUAUAUUAGAAAGUUUUGGAUACUAUCCAAACUACAAUAUUGAUGUUCUUAUGGACAAAUCGCUCAUAACCAUUAAUAGAGAGGGAACUUUGUUGAUGCAUGAUUUGCUACAAGAAAUGGGUCAAGAAAUUGUUCGUCGUGAAUCCCCUGAAGAGCCUGGUCAUCGAAGUAGGUUAUGGCUUUAUGAGGAUGUCCUUCAUAUAUUGAAAAAUAAUACUGGAACAAAGGUUGUUGAAGGCAUAAUGCUAAACAUUCCAAUUGAAGCAAAGGAACACUUAAGUGCUAAAGCCUUCUCAAAGAUGAAAAAUUUGAGAUUGCUUAAAAUUAAUAGUAUGAAACCUCCACAAGGCCUUAAUAGAGGUCAUGUCCAACUUCCACAAGGCCUCAAUUAUCUUUCUAAUGAGUUACGCAUAAUAGAUUGGCAUGGAUAUCCUUUAAAAUCCAUGCCAACCAGUUUCCAACUAAACAAACUUGUUGAACUAAGAAUGCGUUAUAGUGACAUCAAACAACUAUGGAAAGGAAUUAUGAUUUUAAAUCAGUUAAAACUCAUUGACCUCAGUGAUUCUCAAAACUUGAUUGAGAUCCCGGACCUUAGUGGAGUCCCAAAUCUUAAGCAAUUGAUCCUCCAACGUUGUACAAGACUCUAUAAGAUACAUGUAUCUCUUGGAGAUCUCAAAAGGCUUAUUCGAUUGGAUUUGAAUGGUUGUAAAUGUCUCAAAAGCCUUCCUCACAAGAUCAACUUGGAAGCUCUUGAAACUUUUAUUAUUUCUGGUUGUUCAAAACUGAAGAAAUUUCCAUAUAUUGUGGAAAAUAUGCCAUGUUUGUGGAAACUUUGUUUGAGUGAGACUGCUAUAAAAGAUUUAUCAUUAUUAGUGAUACACUCAACUGGCCUUAUAGAAUUGGAUCUAAGAGAUUGCAAAAACCUUUCAAGUCUCCCUAUUGCAAUUUGUACUUUGAUGUCUCUAAAAACUCUCAAUUUAUCUGGCUGCUCAAAACUUGACGAAUUGCCAGAAAAUUUGGGGAAAAUCGAAGGUUUGGAGGUGUUAAACUUGAGUGGGACUGCUAUAACGGACCUACCUUCAUCCGUUGUCCACUUAAAAAAUCUCAAAGUACUAUCUCUCUCUGGAUGCGUGGGGUUAUCAUCUAAUAAGCUCACAAGGUUUCCUUUAUUGCAACCUAGAAGAAGUCCAGAUCCCAUGGGCAUGAUAGAGCGUUAUUUAAUAGGCUUUUGCUCUUUGACCGAACUUGAUCUAAGUUAUUGCAAUGUUCAGACAAUUCCUAAUGUUCUUGGGUGCUUGUCAUCUUUAGAAUGUUUAAAUCUAAAGGGAAAUAAUUUUGUUUGCCUUCCUGAAAGUAUAAUUCAACUAUCUAAUUUGACAUCUCUUUUUAUGGGUGGUUGCACUCAUCUUCGAAUGUUGCCUAAGCUUCCAUUAAAUGUUAAGUAUAUUGAUGCAACAGAGUGUACCUCACUGGAAACAUUAUCAUUAAGACCAGAAUAUGAUUUUCGGGCAGACUUUCGUCUUCUCAAUUGCGACAAAUUGAUCAAGAAUCAAGGCUACGGUGACCUAUUUCCAACAAUGCUAAGACGUUUUAUCAUUAAUCCCCAGUUUGCUUACCAUGUCGUGAUUCCUGGGAGUGAAAUUCCAAAAUGGUUUAGCCACCAAAAUGUGGGGGCUUCAGUGAAUCUAGAUUUAUCAUGUAACAAAUUGAUGGGAAUUGUUGUGUGCGCUGUUUUUGUAUUCCGCCAGCAUCAUCCACUUCACCAACUUCAUAUUCAAGAUUAUGGAUAUAUGAUAGGUACGCAUGAACUUCAUUGUUUCUUUGGUCAAUGUUAUGGUUCGGGCAUUGUUUUAUCUGAGGAAUUUGGUAAGAUUGAAUCGUAUCAGCUUUGGCUGGAAUAUAUUCCCUCUACAAACUCUGAAGCGACAUGGAAAGAAAUAUUGAAUAAAGUCGAUGGUAAUGGAUUCAGCCAGAUUGAAGUUAAAUUUGAACCGUUCGGUCCAGGAUUGGAGGUUAUGAAAUGCGGGGCCCAUCUGGUAUCCAAGCCAGACAUUGAAGACCUAAUAAACCAAAAUAAGGCUGGGCCUAGCAGCUGCAUCAUCACUCCUCAUGAUGAGGAUGGUUUUGAGGAUUCAGAAAAAGAUACCAAAAUUAAGCGAAGCCGUGAUGACUCUGAUGGGGAAGGGGCUGGACCUAGUGGAGAAGCUACCUCUAAUGAUGUAGACGAACCACACCCAAAGAGGAUAAGACUCCCUAAUCUGAUUGAAAGAUUAUUUCCACGUUUGGGAAAUUGGCUUGGGAAUUCAAGCACACAAGAACAAGGUGACUCUGAUUGCGAGGAAGAGAAAUCCCAGUGAAAUUGGUAGCUUUGAUGAAAUUGGCUAAUCAACUUUCUUGUCUUUGACUUUUUGUUCGUUUUAGUUUGGCAAUUUGUUUUCUCAUUUCUGCCAGCACUGCUGAUCAACUUUUUUUCUCUCUGAUUUUAUUGUACCUCAUACUGGAUACGAAGAAGUAUUUAUUUGGACCUUGUUGAAAAGGAGAAACUGUCACGUUGCUAGCUGACGAAAAAGCAUGUGGAAUUGAUUGUGCAUUGAUGUGGCUGUCCUACAUAUUGCGUGGGGUCACUUCCAGAGUGGUUGAAUCAAUACAAUUGCAUUGAAGCUUCAAUUGCUAGCAGUUGCACAAGCUUGACAGUGCAGAAGUAUGGGCUUUGUCACUUCAUGGGUUCUUUAUCUGAUAAUUUGGGUUACAUUUGUCAACUGAUGGUUGAUAAUAGAGAAACAAAUAAGCAAAAUUGUAAUGGUAAAGCAAUACCCAGUAGAAUUUGAAGCUGUCAUGAGGAAGUUCAACCCAUAAGCUCAGAAUUUCCAUUGAUUCCAUGCUUAAUGACAAGGGAAAACAAGUUGUAGAAUAACCUCUCCUCUGCUUGCACUGCUGCCUUUAUUACUUUUGAGCU